AGCUUUUUGAAGGGAAAACUACAAUUCCCUCGGAGCUCCUCGAAAGUGCUACUUGUCAAUAUGGCUGUUGUCAGACAGACAAAGCGGAGAGGCAAAUAAUUCGCCUCUGAUUAGAAAUCCUUGGGAAAAAAAAAAAAGAAAAAGUCGAACGGAGCACUGACAUCAAAACUGCGUUAACACCGGGCCUCAGUUUAAGGAGAGGUGUGCUGUUGGUCGUUUGUUGAAGGUAGAUGGUGAAGCAGACGAUUUAAACCGAGGUUGCACCAAAUGGACUGCAGUCGUAUUCUAUACGCAUUGAUUUUUAGCAUAGCAAAUUGCUGAUGGGAAGCAAUGAGCGCGGGUGGUGCGUAUAUACAGGAGCUGUUAAAGAAUGGCAGUCAGAAUGUUAAGAUCGAAUCAGCUGUCAAGUUCAGCAUCAGGAUGUCUGACUUCAGUGAGGAGCCGCGCUUUACUAUAGAGCAGAUAGAUCUGCUGCAGCGGCUGCGUCGCUCCGGCAUGACCAAGCAGGAGAUCCUCCAUGCACUCGAAACUCUGGACCGGCUGGACCGGGAGCACGGCGACAAGUUUGGUCGUCGCACCUCAUCCUCCUCCUCUUCCUCCUCCUCCUACAUGGUAGGCGGGACAAACAGCUGCACCAACAACUCUGCCUCCAACAACACUGCCUCGGCAACUACCACCUCUUCCGUGACGUGCAACGGCGCCAUCAACAAUGGCGAAGCCAGCGUUGGCGACCACUCCGCUACCACUGCCUCCUCUAUGACCUCCAAGAUAUCUACCGCCACACAGACGCAGUUUGGCAGCAAUGGGGGGCUCUCGCCCUCUCUUAGUAACACCUAUGACACCUCCCCACCUCCAGCGCCGCCUCCAUCCUCCACCAUCCUGCCCUCACCUGUCUCAUUGGUCGCACUGUCACAGAAUGGGCGCGACAGUCUAGCUGCCACACCCAAUGGAAAGCUGUCCCCUCCUCGGUACCCCGUGAACAGCGCCGCAGCAGCAAGAAACUUUGGGUUUGAGGCUAUAGAAGAGGACCUUGACGUUGACGAUAAAGUUGAGGAGAUGAUGAGGAGGGAUAGCAGCAUGGUGAAAGAGGAGAUUAAAGCGUUCCUGGGGAACCGCAGGAUCUCUCAGGCAGUCGUGGCACAAGUCACCGGCAUCAGCCAGAGCAGAAUCUCCCAUUGGCUGCUCCAGCAUGGCUCUGACUUGAGUGAGCAGAAGAAGAGGGCCUUUUACCGCUGGUACACGCUGGAGAAAACCACUCCAGGUGCCACUCUAAACAUGCGGCCAGCACCGUUGCCUCUGGAGGAGAUGGAGUGGAGGCAAACUCCUCCUCCACUGGCCACUGCCCCGGGAACUUUCCGACUUCGGCGGGGAAGCCGCUUCACUUGGAGGAAAGAGUGUCUGGCCGUGAUGGAGAGCUACUUCAAUGACAACCAGUACCCGGAUGAGGCCAAAAGGGAGGAAAUCGCCAACGCCUGCAAUGCUGUUAUUCAGAAACCAGGGAAGAAGCUAUCUGAUUUGGAGAGGGUCACCUCCCUCAAAGUUUACAACUGGUUUGCGAACCGCCGCAAAGAGAUAAAGAGACGAGCUAACAUUGAAGCCACAAUCCUGGAGAGUCAUGGGAUAGAUGUGCAAAGUCCAGGGGGACACUCCAACAGCGACGACGUUGAUGGGAGCGAUUUUACAGACCAGGCAUGUGAUCUGCCGUAUUUUGACAAGAGACCUCUCAGCCGACCAUUUGGCCUUUAUCGCUUGGAGCCUACCUCCCCAACACAGGAUGACAGCGCCACUCACAGCGAGCAUCAGGACCCCAUCUCCUUGGCUGUGGAGAUGGCUGCUGUCAAUCACACCAUCCUGGCCCUCUCUAGAACUGGAGGGGUCCCCAGUGACAUCAAGACAGAAGUCCUGGAGGAUGACUGAACAGCGAGAGGGGAGGAAGAAACAAGAUGGUGAAGGGAAGGAGGAAUUAAAAGGUGCAUUUCAACAGCAGGAACCUUACCUGAGAACUGGGAACUUUUGGAGGACCAUUGUUUGCUUGAACCAUGGGAAGUAUAUGUAAAUUGGGGUUAGCGGUUAAAUUCCGUGUCGGAAAAACACCCUACCUGGUGGGUAUAACUCUUGAGAGGUUUUACGAGGGGCAGUCAAAAAGUAAUGAGUCCAAUUUAAUUGAACAUGGUAAGAAAUUAAAAUUUCUUUAGAACCUUUCAUGUGUUGUAGUUUAAAUACUUGUUUGAAGGUUCAUUUUUUUUUAAAACUUUUGUUUAUACCUGUCCUCUUCCCGUCAGCCAUUUUGUAAAUUAGGUGUCAUUGUGGGAUGCCUAUCAGAAGGCAAAGAGCUGUGAUUGAAUUUCUUGCAUUGGAAGGGGAACCGGCGGCACGGUGGACAACUGGUUAGAGCGUCAGCCUCACAGUUCUGAGGACCAGGGUUCAAUCCCCGGCCCCGCCUGUGUGGAGUUUGCAUGUUCUCCCCGUGCCUGCGUGGGUUUUCUCUGGGCACUCCGGUUUCCUCCCACAUCCCAAAAAGAUGCAUGAAUUGGAGACUCUAAAUUGCCCGUAGGUGUGAAUGUGAGUGCGAAUGGUUGUUUGUUUGUAUGUGCCCUGCGAUUGGCUGGCAACCAGUUCAGGGUGUACCCCGCCUCCUGCCCGAUGAUAGCUGGGAUAGGCUCCAGCACGCCCGGGACCCUAGUGAGGAGAAGCGGCUCAGAAAAUGGACGGAUGGAUGGAAGGGGAACCACCACUAAACACUUUGAAAAGGUUGCAAAAUGUGUAUGGGGAAGCUGUAACAGGCUCCAGCACUGUUAAAAAAUGGGUGUCCAGGAUCAAAGGCAGAACAAGAGCUUGCUUUGAGUGAUCUCUGUGACAAGCAAGGUGCAGCAGACCAUCUUCAGUGGUUAAUCCUGGGAGUAGUGCUAGGGUUAAUUGGGCUCAUUGCUUUUUUCUUUUGCUGUCCCCUUGUACAGAAAUGUUCUGGGGACUUAAGAUUGAUGCACAGAUGCAGAAAACACAAUGCACUUUUGCACCAAUAUUACCAGGAAAAAAACAGAACCUGAAAAAAAUCCAGAAACUAUAUAAAUUGAGCUUGUAAGGCCGGGUGAAAUAAAAUGCGGUGAUUAGUUGCCCAAUCAUAUGUGAUGUUUGACGUUCAACAUCCCGUCCCAAUGAAAAAAAGUUUCUGGGCCUCUCGAAAGUAUGAUCCUCUUUGCAUCCCAGAAAAAAAAUCCGAGGAACUGAAUUUAGGGGAGAGUUCCUAUGAUCCAAAAGUGCAAUGUUUAGCCGAAAGUUCCUUAUUCCAGGGUGUUCCUUGUUCCUAAUGAGAUCUCACACCCUGCCUUCCCAAAACAAUCCAUCGCGACUGAUUGUCUCAACUUCCCUAAUGUAUUACCUAAUCCUUACAACUAAAGACAAAGGAUACAGCCUGAAAGUGGUCUAUGGAGGGAAAAAAAGGAAGUCGAAGCCCUGGCCUUCUCUCAAAACCAAAACCUGUGCUUCUAAAUGUGCGCCCCUUGCUCCUCCCAGGAGACACUGCUCUCUUUUUCCUCUCCCCGACUCCUGCUUACCUCUACAGCCUGGUUGUCUGAGCCAAUCCUCAUUCAGUCUCACUCAACCUCAGAGACAAACUCGGCAAACGUGUACUGUAUAUAAGAUAAAUGGUUCUUCUAGUUCUCAUUCACCCCAACUUAAUGGUGUGCUACCUACCUACUCUCCAGACUUACCCUUGUCAGUGUGCAAUUAACAGCAAGAGAAGCCUCUGGACGAUGUCUUUUGGAGAGACAAAUGGAGAGCGUCUCCUCCGUCAGAACAAAUCUGAUUGGUAGGCAGUUCCAUUUCCUGACCUCCCAACCCUUGGAAUGUUCUCAGCCCUUGACAGAACCAUUGAGGUUUUCUGCUGUUGAAUGAACACACCUCUUUUGAAUCUCACUACAGGACUGCUUGCAUGUCAGGAAUCAUGAUUAGUAGUGUACUUUAAAAAGUGUGGAACAAUGCUUAUGGUAAGUUUCCAUUCAACAGCAGAACGUCUUCACAAUCGUGAUAUUUAGGUCAUCGAUGACGUAAGUGCUUGAGGCAAUGACGAAUCAGUUUAUGGAUCAAUGUGAUAAUCAAGCAAAUGUAAGCUAGCUACUAAUGGAAUCUGUGCUUUGUUUUAACGCCAUCCAUGCCAAAGGAAAAGAUGCUGUGAUGUGGCCGGCUCAAAGUCGGCUUUCGGCACCACAUACUGGUCUGACCACGGUCUUCAUGGACACCCGAAGCCAUUUCUUCAAAUAGAGUUGGCACAUGUUCUUGAUGUUUUCUAUUGGGCCAGUUUGACCCAAAUACAGCAAGUUGUAAUGCUCGCUAACAGAGGUCGGACAUAUAAUCGUGGCUUCUCUGCCUCUACAAUGGCCAAAAGAAUGUGAUUGGAGCAGAUUAUUAUUAUUAUUAUUAUUAUAUUUUUUUUUCCCAAGUAAUUACGUACAUCAAGCUUGAACCACACAUGGAGUUGGUUUGGACUAUGGCAAUGUAAUUAAGUAAUGGGUAAAAAGUACCACUUUUGAAUGCAGUUUUUCCUCUCAAUGUGGCUCUCGAAAUCGUGUCAUUUCUUAAAGCCAGAGUCGUCUCCUGACGACGCGGCGACUUUUCAGUCAAACUGAGCUCGGCCCUUUUUUCACCAAAGUAAUAGAUUUACAUUCUGGGAAAACUGCUGAUAUGCAUCUUUGAGAAGGCUUGUAUCCACAACAGUUAACAAGUUCAGGAAGUACCGUAUUUUCGCGACCAUAAGGCAUUAAGGUAUUAAGGUAUUAAAAGGCGCAGGCUCAGUUACGGGGUCUAUUUCUGUAUUUAACACAUAUUGUAUUUAAGUCCUCAUCUUCUGUAUCCAAAAUGAACAGCUGGGCGAUUUCGCCAUCAAACAUGCCGGGUUCCCUCUCGCCAUUGUCGGAGUCGGUCUCGUUGCCGGCGGGCUGUUCAGCGAUGAUGCCGGCUUUCGCGAAAGCUCGGACAACAGUCAAAGCAGAUACCUUAGCCCAGGCAUCCACUUGCGAACCAUGGAUUCGUUGAUCUUGAAUUCUCUCGCGGCUGCUCGAUUCCCAUGUUCCUCCGCGUAACUGAUAGCUUGCAGUUCAAACUGUGCUUCGUUAAGCGUGUCUCUUCGUAGGUGCCGUUUUCGGGGGUCCUUAGCAAAUGUAUACCUACUGGGGGCGUGCCUUUAGCAUCCCCUUUCACGCGCACCCUUCUCGCUUUAACGUCCGCGUGCUGUCCUCAGUCACGUCCGCCUUUUCCUCUCUAUAAGCAGCGUCGGCAGGAAAUGCUCCCAGUCAGUCAAGCGGAGCGCUCAUCAAAGUCACACAACAACGUCCAUUUUGGAGAAAAUUGAAGACUUUUCAUUGCGCCUUAUGGUCAUGAAAAUACGGUAACUAGCUUAACUUGAAUAUGAACAGAAUCUGUCAACCUAAUCAAAACUUGGUCUGAUGUCCAUUCAUAGUCUUGAAUGGUCAGCUAUUGCUUAUAACUUCCGCUUUUGCACUAAGGGACAAGGUGUUUUUUUUUGUUUUUUUUUGUUGUUUCUUUUGUUUGUUUGGGGUUUUUUUUAUUUUAGUUUAGCGGCCUAAAUGCAUUUAGAUUUUUAAUAUCUUAACUGAUUUUUAAAAUGUAGGACAUCCCAACAUUCAAAGGAAAGCCAUUUAAGCAAAAAGUAAAAAUAUAGUUAAAAAAAAAAAAAAAAUCAGGUUCUACAAAACUUUGUCAAGAACCUACUAAAUAAGGUAUGAAAACAUUGAUUGAUUUUCACCUCUUUCCCAAAAUAAUAAAAAUAGUAGAACUUAGUUGCUCUUAAUGCUGUUAUGGUCCUAAUGAAAUUUAACAGUGCUCUGUGAAUUUGUUUUAUUUAUUUUUUUUGCUACUUUUGUUUUAAGGAACAUAUCGGAAUAAAAAAAUAAAAAAUCAUUUUUAAAUAGUCGUCAUUAAUCUGAUGCUUAAAUAAAUUUUUCCCAAAGUGUGAAACUAUUCUUUAUAAAGACAAAAUAUUGGAAUACUUUAUCAGGAAAUGAACAUAUAAUGGAAUACUAGUUUUCCUUUUAAGGCGUUUCAAUGGUCUGAUUUGGACGUCAUCACAUACUGUGGUUUUAAUGACAUUGAAAGUGUUUAUCAAAAGGUGCCCUUAAAUGUAAAAUCUUAAGCGUGUAUGAGGUGAUGACUCAUAUCUGGCAUCUGCAAUUCAAAGAGGAUUUUAGGGUAAAAAAAAAAAAAAAAAAAGAGAAACAAGUAUUUAUACUCAUUUUUUUAUGCUAAUGUACAAAGUGUUUUGAAAAAGAUACAUGCUUAUUGUUAAAUUAACCAAGCUUUUUUUAAGUUUGCCUUUUUUUUUUUUACACCUAUAUUUUCUAUUGUCAUUCAUUAUUAGACUGAACAAGUCUUCCUGUUUAUGUCUGAGGUAUGUAGUGAAAGACAAAUGACAAUGCACCUUAAAAGGAGGAAAAUGUUUUGCUUUUGACUUAAACGUGAUGUGAUCUUGUCCUCUCCCCUUAAGCCAGGCUCCAUUGUGAAAUUGGCGCAAUUUGAUCUUGCCUAAUUUGUGAGAACUGGUGCAGGAAAAAAAAAUAGGGAAAAAAAAAUCAUUGCCCUACUUGGCAAAUACAGUUAGGCCCAGAAAUAUUUUGACAUUGGUUUUCAUCAUUUUGCCUUGCUACACCACAACAAUGGAUUUGAAAUAAAACAAGAUGUGAUUGAAGCCUAGAAUUAAACAUCGUGUAAAGUGAAUUCAGAGAUCUGUUUCUAAAUACGUUUGAAGAUAAUUGCAGAAAAACGUGCCAAAACAGAACUAUGUGGUACUGAAUUGUGGACAUAUAGCGUUAAACUGUUUUUCACCGUUUCAGGUUUCCCGACUUUUAAAAAUGUAUUUAUGUAUUUAUUUUUUUAUUUAAUUUCUUCUAUUAUUUGGCUAUAACGGUGCACAGUGACACACUUGUGCAUCCAGUAUGAGUUGCCCCUCCCCCACUAUGGCAUUUGUGAUGUCCAGUUAACUAGCUAGCUGGCUAUCCCCCACCCGGAAAAUGCCACUGACAUGGCCACGUUAGAGCGCCACAUUGUCUGCCUUAAGUGCGUGCACAACACUGUGAAGAAGGAGGAAGAGCGUGGAGGAAGGAAAUUUUGUCCGACUUGACAGCUAACGUUUGGACUAGGGCUGGCGUGGCCACUUUAGAGCGCCUCGUUGUUGCGCUGUCAAAAAGUUGUCAGUUGCUUUCUUUGAUGUAGUUGCACUACUACUAUGAAUUUAGUAGCAUUUGGGUGAAGAAUCCGUAUGGUUCCUUCUCAAGUGGCAACAUCAGUAAGCAACAGUGAGCCCCCACCAUUAGUAGCCAUAUAUAACCACUCCGUAACAUCGCCUCUACUAAAUUUCAAAUCUGACACAAGUUGACCUUAGUUUCAUUCAUCAAAUUUUUUUAUUACAGAACAUGGGAUGCCUUUUGUUGUUGUGAGUAUAACAAAUGCCAUAUUUUUUGUGGAACGAUUUAAAGAUGAACUUAAUCCAGUCACAUCAUGUUUUUCCAAAUCCAUUAGACAUUAGCUUUUUUUUUUUUUUAACUCAAGAGGCACAAUGACAUAAAAAUGACUUAUUUGGAAAAUUGUCCAAUGUCGUGGAGUCAGUUGUUGUGUGAGGAUCGUGGCCCACAUAAAGAAUAUAAAGAUCACUUUGUCUUUGCCACGCACAUACGAGUGCGUCGAGACAUUCUCACUUUAAGCUACUUUCAAAUGAAUUGUCGAUGUUGUUUGAGAGAUUAAAUAGCAGUCGAAAUUUCUGUCCAGCAGUGUUUAACCUGAGUCUACAAGCGGGAUGGACAAAAAGAGUGUUCAGGUGCUAAAGUAGUGAAUCAGAUGUAUUGCAUUUCCAGUAAAGUGACUUUGCUGAAAUAUAGGCCACAACCCGAGACAGCAUCAACAUGUACUCCAGUCGUCGUGCUUCUUCUCCAGAGAUGUCCUCUCGUGGUACAUCAGGGUUUCCAUGUUAUACGUUUCUCCUCCGUAUCCCCCGUUAAACACCUCAUCCGAUUAUAGCUGCGAAAAAGAGGACUGAAUGCUGUUGUGUCAAUUUCAAAAGCUAUGUUAUGUUCAAUUUUAUUGUAUUGCCCAUUUUGGAAUUUAGUGCCUUUUUUGGACAGUAGACUGUUCUGUAAUUAAGAUGUAGUAUAUAUACAUUUUUGUACAGUUUCUUUGUUCAUUUUUUUAACUUUUGUUUAUUUUAGUAUGAUAUAUAUAUAAUGUACAAGAGAAUAAAGCUAUAUGACUGAAACCUC